UGUGGAGUGACGGUUCAAAAGUUGCACCCACAGCAUUCACCUGAUGUAAACAAAACCACGUGAAUCAGCUGAUGGCAUUCCGGGGCGGGCAGCUCCUUGCUAGAAUUCAUAAUAAGGCUGCCUCCUCUCUCAGUACCGCCCUAGUUUUUAACAUAUUGACGUAGAGACUGAUCACAACACCCAGAAAAAGAAAAGUCAAGCAUAGCACAAGGUUGCUACUACAUUUCCGUGACCAAGAUAACGCACAUAUACGGAGUUAAGCUGUGUGUGCCUCUGCUGUCAUGAGUGAAACAAAGCGCGUAAUAGAGGAAUUGUUCAACAUUAGUGAGGAUGAGCAGAAGAUAAAAGCAGGGUCUUGUAAGGCUGUGUGUUUGCUGGAGCCGAGGGAGAGAGGGUUACUGGAAGCACAGAUCACAGCCAGGCUGCAGCAUCUUUUGGAUCAAGAACCAUCCCAUGCCCUUAUAGUGUGUCAGCGCUGUGAAGGAUGUCCAGUCCUGCGGAGAGUACUGAGAGGGCCAUGCUGGGGUGCCUUGCUGAGAGUUUGCAGCCAGCACCUUGGGGCACUGCAGGAUGGACAGCCAUGGCCACCACCUCAUCUCCCAAGGGCUGUCAGGGUCCUUUACACUUUGCUGAAGGAACAACCCUUAAAUGACCAUCACCAGGACUACCACCAGAAGACUCAGCAAGAGAAUCAACACAUGACUCAACAGCACCGGCAUGAUAGCCAACAACAGGAACAAGAUAAUGACUCGCAGUAUGACGCACUAGCACUCAGGCCGCUGCUGGAGACAGCUCGUGUGACCCUCACCAUGGCAUUACUGGAUGGUGGCCCUUUGGCAUCUGGAAGCCAUGCUCUUGUGGCCUCUACAGCACUGUGCCUGUUGUUACAAUACUUAGAACAGAAGGGAAGCAUCAUUGCAUUUCUUAACACCCUCUGGAUCCUGAACCAUCUGGCAGAAAAGAGGAAAGUUAUGACAAAUGCCAUUUGUGGAAGAGAUACAGAGCUGAGAUAUAAUGAUGAAGAAAUGAAUGGAAUGAAAAACUAUUUUAGAUCACAAGAAGUCAAAGAAAGCACAACAAAUGAGACCAUCAAGAAAAGCAUCUCGGUAACAAGAUCCUUGAGGUGGGAAGAAACGAGUACAGCCAUUGAGUCUGCCAGGAAGGGAGAUGAAGGCAGGAAACUCAUGAGGAGGAACUUUGAGGGAAUGGAAGGAAGCUAUUCAUCCUCCACACUCCUCCUCCAGGGAAUGCUGAAUGCUGGAGGGAAAUUGCUGCUGCAGGAGAAUGAGGAAGAGGAGAGACAUAGAGGAAGGGUCUUUCUCUACUCCCUCCAUCCACUCCUUCUCAAGUUAUGCAGUGGAGGAGCUGCCCAGCAUACCUUUCAAGCUUUCCAGACUCUGUACCUCUGGAUCCAUGCUGUCAGAAAACUUGGUAAUAGGGAGAGAAGACCUACUGGGAGAACAAGAUGCCAGGGACCAGAGGGUGACUGCAGUGGCCAGGUGGAGGAAGGGAUACUGGAUACCCUUGCCACCACCACUGCCACUACUACCACCAACACCAAAGCCAACACUCCCACUACCCCCACUAUGCGAGAAGUGACACACCCCUCCAAGGAUGCACUGUUCAGCAUGACACCAGGAUCACAAGGCCCUGUGUUUACUCUUCUCAAUGCCAGCUGGGAAAAUCCUGCUAAAGGUGUGAGUGAGUUAGUAGUGAAGUGCAUGGAAGAGCUUCUGUCACUACAUGAGGAUGGGACAGAGGGAGCAAGGCAACAGCUGGCCAGAGACAUGCUUCAGGCUCUUCUCUUAUCCUCUUCCUCUAGCCACUCCACUGCCACCUCUGUCUGGACCAGCAAAAGUACCUACCCUCCCUUGGCUCUUGCUCUCACUCAUCUAGGCUGUCAGGAGGCAUUGCAUCUGUAUCCAUCACUGCCUACCAGCCUCAUCUCCUCUCUGGGGGUGAACCAUCUGGCGCCAGCCACCACCACUGUGUACAAGGUGUUCCUGGCACAGCUUGGAGUGGCAUCCUGGUCACAGCACUUCCUGACUCCCAUCUCUGUUGUGCUCUGCUCUCAGGACAGAUUAAUUCAACAGCACCUCCUUUCCUUGUGGCUCCCUCCAACCCUCAAGAAAUACCCAGGCAUCCACUGGGCACUCCUGGCAUCCUGCAGCAGUACCACUCCUGGCUGGCUGUCCCGCAUGGCACUGCUCAGGACAGCACGUUCAGUGGGUGCCCUGGAGCUAGGGGAGGAAGGAAGCAGUGCCUUCAGUUUGAGUAGUGAUAAUACCCAUGAAAAAUUCAGGAUGAAGACAGCCAGUGAUAGCAAAGGAGGUGAUUCAGAAAGUGAGAGUGAAGAGGCACUUAUUCUGCUGCACAUCCAUACUGCACUGAGACACAGAGAUGAGAAUGUUCGCCUGGAGGCACUGUCACUGCUGUGCCACACCCAGAAGACCUCCCAGCCAGUGUCUCACUUUGAAACUGUGUGCCUGCAAAACUUCCUGAGGUGGAACAUGAACGUAGAUUCAGCACCAUUCCGCCAGGGAGUGCUGAAGUGUGUGGCAGCACUUCUGGUGAGGCUGAGGGGUGCCACAGCCUCCUACUGCAAGGGUCAGAAUGCCAAGGGAGGAAGGUCUGCAUCAGAGAAAAGUGUAAAGGAAUCUACCUUAGCUCACAAUAGGAAUCAGCGGGGUGGAGUGCUGGAAGUCAGUCAUAGCACAGUGCUCAGUACCAGUGCUGAGUUGGUGCUGUGGCUGGUCAAAGAGGCUCAUCGCGGCAUGGCACCAGAUGCCAACUACCAGCGGCGCAUUCUGGCACUACAGCUGUACAAGGAAGUGUUACUGGCACUCCUCCCAUCCUCCACAGCUCUCCCUCACUUUGAGAAGCGAGUCACCAGCAGCUCUGACCCUCUCCUGCUGCAUCUCAACACCUCAGCAGCAAAGGCAAAGAACAUUUGUGAUGAUGGAGAUGUGAUGGGUGCGUUGCCAGUUGCAUCAUCACCUCAGGAAUAUAAUAGCAACAAAAGCACAUCUGGCUUACCUCUUAAUUGCCAUACAGGAGAUGCAGAAAGUCAUUUGUUAGAGGAGCCAUCACACCAGGAUACUCACAAAGAUAGAACCCCUAUUGACAAAGCACCAGAUAGUCUCAUAUUUGCAAGAGCUAUCAACAGUGCAAGUGAUGUGAAGGGAUCUGCCUCUAGACCACCACUUCAAGGUUCCAACAGUGACGACAGUACCACCACCUUCAACCUCCCUCCAAGCAACCUUCUACCCAGCACAGACUGGUGGAAAAACACCUUAGAUAGAAAAGACAAUGAAAGAAAUCCAUCACUGCACUCGGUAAGACCCGAACUGGACAUUUAUGGGGACAGGAAGGCUCUAGACCAGCCAUUAGUUGACCUGGCCUUCCCAUGGACACUAAACACACUUCUCAACCUCUGCAUAGAUGAAAUGAAUGAUGUGAGAGCAGAGGCCAGGGAAAUCAUCCAUAUAUUCACCUCACAAGGAAGGAUGGCACUAAGUUGCUCUGAGGGAAGGGAGUGGAUGAGUCAUGCCCUGAAACUGUGCGACUCCCCAAAGGCCAGUGAUGCUGAGAGUGGUGGUACCCUGGUCCUCACUGUGGCUUUCCUGAUCCCUGAGGAGCAGCUGAAUGAGGUGCUGGAGGGAGUGUCUGGUGUGGAGUCUGAGGACAGUGGUGGUGGUGGAGGUGGUGGUAGUAGUUGGGAGUCAAGUGAGACCAAGACUUCUUCCUCUCUGUCUCUGGCUGAGUACCUCCUUACCAGGGUGGAGUGUCAAUUAAGUGCUGCUAAGACUAACCUCCUGUGGGCUGCCAGACAUGCACCCAUCCAUGGCACACUUCAGGCUUUGGGGCAGUACAUCACUCAGAAGAAAGAGGAGGAACGGGAGGAGGUGAAGAAGAAGGCAGGGGAGAGGAAGAUACAGCAAGAGAAGGGAGGAAAAAAGAAAUUGAAAAAGGAAGAGAAGGAAGUGGUAGAGAAGGCUUUCAUUCCUGCAUUCCCUCCUUCAUUCCUUCCCUGCCUCACCUCCCUCCUACAGCACCUAGUGGAGUUUGUUCUGGACACUCUUGCCUCUACUUCCCCUCUCGGGUCAGCUGUGCCUCCAUCUUUUGCUGAAAUGGGGGAGGCUGUGAGGAAAGUGGUGGAAGAAGGCAAAGAGAAGCUGAAAGAGAAAGAGGAGAAGAGCAAUAAUGUAGCAUUGUCUCCAGUUGCAUCUUUACUGGAACAAGAAAAGGAGGAGGAUGGGGAGCAAGAGGAGGAGGAAGGAGGUUUACUCUCCACUGAUCAUGUUCUUGUGCUUUCCUGUUGCUGGCAGAUUCUUAAGAGCUGCUGUGAAGUUACCGGUCGGGUCAUCCUCCUCCUUGCCAGUGAACCUAACACAGCAGAUGACCUGAUCCGGGCCGUUGUGGUCAGGGUCCUGCUUGGCACUCGACACAAGGGGGCCAUGGAGGCUGCCAGGGCCACCUAUGCCUCAAUCUGGAGCUGCCUGUUACAGGGUACCACACUGGGAGGGGCAUUUGGAAUUCCUGAUCCUUGUUUUGUUGACAUUCUUCAUCAGCAGGUGGGUGAAGUAGUGCACAUGCUGGGGGAACCUCGAGGCACGUCCGUCACCCGGAGAGCAGCAGGUGUGGCCAUGAUGGUGCAGGCAGCGUGUGGGGCGGCACCUCGGCUCACACCCACACUGCUCACCACCACUGUCACCUCACUCACUGCCAUUGCACGCUCACAGGUGGGAGUGGAUGAGAGUGGCACUACUGAUGCCCCACAAGCCUUGGCUCUUCAUGUCCUCCAGUCUCUGGUCCUCCACUCUCCACUAGGCCCAUUCCUACACCCACAUCUCACUUCACUCACAUCCACCUGCCUCCAUGCCUUUGCCAGCCCUUCUUGGGCCAUACGAAAUGCAGCAUUGCAACUCUUUGGCUCACUGGUAUCAUCUUUGGUUGGCCAGAAGAAAGUGAGGGAUGACACAUCAGCCCUUAAUAGUCUUACCACACCUGAGUUCAUUUCCCGACAUCCUUCCUUGGUGCAUUUACUCUUAAGUGCUCUGAAUGGUGACUCAGAGUGCCACAUUGAAGAAGGAAAUUUCCAUGACAGUGCUGGUGGAGUAUUUGUAUCAGAAACACCUAAUUCUAAUGAUAAUAGUAAAGUGGCACACGUACCUGGAGCACAUAACACAGAUGCACAGAACCAAACUCACACACCCACACACAUGCAGAUACAUAUCAAUAGUGCCUCCAUCUUAGUGCCUGUACUGAGUCUUGUGGCCAGGCUUUCACCUGGCACUGGACUGCAACAAAACCCACAUCUCACAAGAACCCUCCAAGGACUCUGGCACUCCACUGCUUGCCUCCUUGGAUCUCCGGUUUACAAUGUACGCAGACUGGCAGCACUGGCACUUGUCUCCCUCACCCCAAGCAAUGAAGCACUCUCACAAGCCCUCAAGAUUCUUCUGAAAGUCUCUGAACCAGUUACUACAACUAACUUAAUUCAUGGGUAUUUGUUAGUCCUGAACAACUUGCUCCAAACACACCCCAGCCUUGUGGAGGAUUACAAGCUCAGAAAGAGUGCAUCUGCAUCACUCAUGUGGCUCUUUAGCCCAAGGAACAGGUGUCAUGUCAACACUGCCCUGGCACUCAAAAUCAUGAUGGUUUUAAACAUCAAUAUACUGGAUGCCUGCCACAUACCAGCACUGGGCUCCUCCCUCCCAGGUGCAGCAGAAUGUCGCUGCACUCUCACCCUCAUGAGGCUCUCCCAUUGGCCAAGAAACACCAUUGAGAGCUUGUUUCUGUCGGAAGCACCAAUUGGGAGUGACCUUUUGGAGAUCUGCUCUGAUGCCAUUCUUUAUGAGAUCAGAGACUGCCAUUAUGCCCCUUGGUUACUGAAGUGUGAAAGCUUCUUCUGGCACCAUCUUGAAGGAAGCUCUUUUAUGCCCAAGGCAGUGGCAGCAAUUCUUCAGUUCCUAACAGCCAUAAUGGAGAAGGUGGAGAGUGCUGGGUCAGGUAUUACUAAGCAGAGGCUGGUAAUACUGCUCUCCUGCAUGGAGGGGUUACAGGGCAGCAGUGCCACCUGUGCUGCACUUGUUCUAAUGGCACACCUCAUGAGGCAUCCAGCAAACAUCACAGAAGACAUCCUUGUGGCAUUUGCAGGAGUCAUAUUCCAGCAUUCACACCCCACAUCCUCAGAAGACCAUCGACUGGCAGCAUCAGCAGCACUCAGAGUUGCCCUCAAGCCAGUCCUUAUUUGCCAUCUCCAAGUCAGCUUAACUGUCAGGAAGCAGCUCAUUAUGUCCACUGUGGCACUGCUCCAGGAUGAGGACUCCUCAAUCAGGGACACUGCAACUGGCAUUGUAGCAGCACUGGUCAUGCCCUCAGGAGCAACUCAUGAUGAACACUCUCCUCACCCCCAGCCAAACCCACAUCCCAACCUGGCUCUGUUUGAGUUCUUCAGAUGGUUGGCCAACAAGAGCAUGGAAGACAAUGACUGGACUAUUCUGAGGAUACUCUGGGAGGUCUGUUUUAGUGAAAAAGGUUCAGAGUCUUUCCUGUCUGCAACAACUCUGACAGCCAGUCACUUACGUCUCUUCCAAUCCCAUGCAGCUAACUUGUACCAUGAGCCAAGGCAAGUCAGCAUCUCGGUGGGUGUGGCCUUGAUGAAGACUGUUGAAGAUCAUAGACAGACUUCUUUGUGGGAAUCACAACAGCAGAAUACCUCUCAGCAUAAACAUCAGCUAGGAAAAGACUACAAAUCUCAAGAAAAUAGCAACAUUGGACAAGACAGGAAAACUGGAAACAGAAACCCAUCUCAAUUUUCCGUGAGAGACUGGCUUGAGAAGGAGAGAGCCAAACUAAACUGUCGUGGGAAAGCACUGUCUAGCCUGGCAUCAGAUCAUAACUUCUGGCAUCACAGACAGUUUGCAUUUGAGGCAGGAGUAUAUAUGGUGUCCUGCAAGGUCUUUAAGCUACUGUGUAAGGUGUUUGGUAAGUCCCCAGAACUGACAUACCUUCUUGUCUGGAGUGAGAAAGGAUACGGCACAGUAGAUGAGAUGGGGUGAACUCAAUAAGUAAAAUGAGGGGAGUUGAUGUUUAGUGGAGUGGAAGAGAAAGUUGGAUAAAAGAGAUAUGAGAUAGAGGAAGGGCAGAAGGGAGAGAGAGGAGAGGCAGACAGGCUGAUAAAUCAUGUAGGGUGGUGGUUAGAAUGGCUGGCUCAUUCUUAAGAAGCCCUAUGUUCAAGUUCCAGGACUAGCAAGGCAGAUAGGUAAGCCCAUGUUCGUCUAGUAGUAUUUAGGUAUGGGAUGCAAGUCCAGUGGUUGUGACACACACACACACACACACACACACACACACACACACACACACACACACACACACACACACACACACACACACACCACAAAACACAACAGCACAUACAACAAAACAACACACACACAGCACAAAACAUAACAGUACAUACAACAAAACAAAACAAAACAAAAAACACACACACACACACACACACAAUGAUGAUGGUGCUGAUGACAUGUUCUAAGGAAUACUGUGUGUACCUGACUUACUUUUUACAUGACCUGUUAACUGCAUUGCACUUGAAGAAUAUACACUUGUUAAAUAUUAAAUGCACAUGUAUAAUUUAACACUUUAUAAUAAAGUACCUAAACUCA